UUGUGAAACGUUGGAUAGUGCCACGUAAACACCACUGGAACCAAAACCACAACGAAACAUCAUCGUCAACAUCGGGUUCGGAGUAGAAGCUGAACAUCAUCGUCAACAUCGAGUUCGGAGUAGAAGCUGCAAUGUCCACUGCGAGAGUUCAAGUUUCGGCGUGUGCGUUUUCCGCUGCCGUCAACAACCUCCGUCUCCGGCCAACCGCCGUCGUUUCCUUCACCAACCAUUUCAGGAAGAAGUCUCUGAGGGUGGUGUCAAUGUCGUCCGUUCCCCCUUCCCAACCCUUCGAAAUCGCCGUUAAAGCUUCCGUCACUACACCCAAUAGGCUGGGCGACUGUCCCUUUUGCCAAAGGGUAUUACUAACACUGGAAGAAAAAAAUCUACCUUAUGAACCCAAGUUGGUGGAUUUCAGCAACAGACCAGAAUGGUUCCUUAAAGCCAAUCCUGAUGGUAAAGUUCCUGUCGUAAAGUUUGAUGAGAAGUGGGUUCCGGAUUCAGAUGUUAUUACUCAAACAUUGGAAGAGAAGUAUCCUAUCCCACCAUUGGUGACCCCACCUGAAAAGGCGACAGUAGGUUCAAAGAUAUUUUCUACAUUUAUUGGAUUUCUCAAGAGCAAGGAUCCCAAUGAUGGAACAGAACAAGCACUACUAAGUGAACUGAGCUCUUUCAAUGAUUACAUAAAGGAAAAUGGCCCUUAUAUCAACGGUAAUGAGAUAUCUGCAGCUGACCUAUCACUUGGACCAAAGCUAUACCAUUUGGAGAUUGCUCUGGGGCAUUAUAAGAAAUGGACAGUACCUGAUUCACUUACCUCUUUGAAGGCUUACACGAAGGCCAUUUUCUCGAGGGAAUCGUUCAUUAAAACAAGUGCACAACCGCAGGAUGUCAUUGAAGGUUGGCGUCCUAAAGUAGAAGGCUAAUAAUAUCCACUGGUCACACUCAUUUCCAUUACACUCUCACGACUAUACCGCCGAGGAACAAUGUAUGAAGAAUUUAAAGACCUAUAUCGUUUUGUACUAUAAUCUUCUCAUUCACUAUAUAUUAUGGAAUAAAUAUUUAUUAACUAUACUUGGUCUCAGAUUGUAACAUGUUUGAUAAGAGUCCUCAAUGAAAAUAGUUGCAUUCCCUAAAAUAAA